CUGCAGCACCCCAGCUUCCCCACAUUGGCAAAGUCAUUCAGCCCCAACCUCGAUCGCUAGGGUUAGGUCAGACGGUGCAUAGAGACGCUGGACACGCAGCAGGACCAAGUCAAGGGAAGCCAGCGUGGGGAAACGUGAAUCCUGCAGUAGCAGCAGGUGCUACACGUGCGGAUCCUCGAACACAGAGUGAUUUUCCUACUGCUGCAGAAGUUGCUCAAAGUCGCAGCAAGUCAAAACCGCCCAGAGAUAUGGAGUCCGAGGCAGAGGCGGCUCAUAAACAGGCAAGAAUGGAAGAGGCAGAUACGUUUCGAGGGGUACAUCUGGAUCCAAACGCCCACCAUUGGGAUGAGAUGGAAGAAGACGACGAUAAUUUCCUCGACGGCGUCAUUGAAUUUGGCGAUGGGAGACAGUACAAAGUCGACACAAACGACGGUCCAGCGCCAUCCGCAUCUCCUCCACAAGUAAGUACCCGCGAGCCGACAACUUCGUCACAAGAGCAUCCAGAACCUGUCCGCAAGGAAGAUCGCUUCGCAGACGAUUUCGACAGGAGCUGGCCACGCACGAAGGACAUGUCAACGCCCACAUCAGACUUCGCUCAUCUUCCCGCCUCUCGAGCACCGCACAAUAUUUCUCCUUCGACCUCUCAGUCUGCCCAUUCUCCGGUGGAAGCGUCGAGGGUACUCUUUAACGAACGGUCAAACAGACUGGAGCCUUACAAUAACUCCAGGGAGUUGGGUCGGUCUACCCAAGGUUCAGAUUCGCGAUUCGUUCGUAGUCCUGCUUCUGCUACGUUUAACGUCAGCAGUAAUAACAUACAAUUGCUACAGAAGCCUGCACCUGGGGAAGGAUCACACCGUGUCUGGGGGUAUAAUGAUGCGAAUGAAAAGCAGAGGGAGCAUGAAAUACCACGUAGAGAGAUGCAACCGGUGUCACCGCAGCAACAACACUUACCGCAUCGUAGCCCGCGCGCAGGACCAGGUCAUUUCCCUUCGUCUUCAUUUGACCGGGAUCUUCCACCAGAACACCGUGGCCGACGCUUAUCAAAUAUGGGGCCUCCACCUGUUCCAUUUCAUGCUACAAACCGUACUCCAAGCUUUAGGGAUAACGGUAGACAACUACCUCCGCAUCUUGUUAAUGGUCCACCCAUCACUCCCUCCUUCGAGCGUAGACAGUCCUCUCGAGAUUCUCGGUACUCUGCUAGGCCUUCAUCGUCAGCGGGACAGUCUUCUGUUCGGCAUCCAUCUCAAUCUCCUGUUUUGUCGCAUGCCCAUGCAUCGGUGUCAUCCCCCAUCACUGUCUCUACUGAACCCUCUGUUUCAACGCCUCAGGUCUCGGCGGCGGCGUUAGAAGACAUUAAAAAGGAUCUGAUGCAGAGUGGGGCUGCUAGAGCCAAACAACGACGUCAGCAGGAAGAGGAAGAGAGAGAAAAGGAAAAGGAGAGAGCAAGACGGAAAGCAGCAGAAAUUGAGGCCCGUUUGGUUGAAGAAAAGGAGAAAGCGAAACAAGAAAAAGUCAAAGUCGAGGCAUCCUCACAACCUCCUCCAACAGUGGUGGAAUCUCAGGCUAAGGUGUCUGCUAUCAUCGAAGAAGCAGUUUCCAGUGUGCAAAUCAAACCAACCUCUACCUCGGGUGUGAACGGUGUUUCUUUCGAAAAACCGCUUCUCCGUAGACUUUCGACUACGAGGAUGCCACCACAAGAUGCCUCUCGCCCACCUUUUGCCCGAAAAUCUUCCUCCUUUGCUUUACCUACACCUGCUACUACUUCCGGUACAGCAGAAUCAUGGAGAAUCAAACCUUCCGCGGUUGCUCCUCCGCCAUCUUCCCAACCACCAUCAGCAACUACAGAGAAAUCCCGUGCCAUGUCGUUUGCCACGCCUCCGCCUUCUGCUUUGGACCAUGUAGAAUCAUUAACAGAUCUCGAGGUUGUGGAUUAUUCAGAUUUGGCCGAAUUCAUGGGAGUUCCAGAGAAAAUGGAGGAGGAGCAGUCAAAAGAUCUUCAAGACACUCAGUCGGAGACUGUAUCUCCUUCUAAAUCACGUCGACCCGUUGCAAGUGACUUUUUCGAGGAAGAAUCUCCAUCAGUUAUCGUUUCGUCGACUUCAACUGUGCGAUCUGAUACUGGAGCCUGGAGGACGAACAACGGGGUGCCUACUGUGAUAUCCCUCGUCGAUGAAAAUGCUCCAAAUGAUGCUGUUUCUCAAUCGGAGGUGGCAGUCCCUGAAGUGGUGGUACCAGUGCUGUCCAAACAGGCACCCGUGGACCAAAACCUUGUUCACACAGUUCCUCCGCAUAUACCACCAACGGCGGCACGGCGUAGUCAGUACAACAAGGAGGCAGCGAUGUCUGCUCUUGACGACGCCAUGUCUCGGAUCAGGGGUGCUUUGGAUGUGAUGCACGAGAAAGAUCACAGAUCUUCCGAGCUAGACCAAGCUGCCCCUCGUACACUCUUUCCCUCAUCACCCAUGCCGUCCAAUCGCUGGGUUCCUCCAGCCCUAAGAGAGUCUCGACCUACCGAGACGUUUGCAACAACGUGCCCAGAGCCGCCGAAGUCUCCAAAGUCAUGGAAAGUUUUCACAGUCAACCUUCCGACAACGUCUACUCCCAGGGAUCCUAUUCCUCGCAAACAACUGGAACUAUUCAAUAAAAUACAGCCUGUACGGUGGGAUAUACUGUCUUUUACUCCUCCUGUAGAAGGCAUGUCACGGCGAGAAUUCACUCUGAACGACGUAUUGUUCCGAAAGCCAUACUCGUAUGGCGGCUACAAGGGAAAAUCGAAGUAUCGAGUCCGAAUACCGAAAUCUGUCCUUAAAGUGAACCUCCCCUCUCAGAAUGUAACCGCUCGACCCUCAACAGCUAGUAAAUUGACUGGUGCUGACGGUGCUUCAACAUGGCGCAAACCUACAACGACAACAGGCAAGAUAGAGCUAGAACCUUCUGUUGGGCUAGACACAACGAGUAGAUCACCGCCGCCAGAACUCUGUUGCACCGAUGCGUUCGAGAUAUCAACCGAAGAUGCCCGCGGGCUCAGGAGUCGCUUUCUACCGCAACGCACACUUGAGUACAGAGUCAGGAUUGAAAUCUUCUACGCUCAGACUAUUCUGAUAGCACAGGAUUUACUUCCUAAUGCUGUAUCUACAGCCAAUACACAGCCGUCACCUUCGUCCUCGAGCACCGUGAAUUCUUUACCAGUUAAAUCAUCUCCAUCAACCUCCCAGUAUGGUCUGCCUUCAUUGAUUCCUAGCGGUAAAGCCGAGAGUAAAAGUUCUGAUGAUUCGCCGGAUCGUGUACCUCUCACUCCUCCAGCACACCAUACUUCACCUUGGGCUAGGUCGUCACUUGGAAUAGCGGUGAAGGAGUCCCCUGUUCGGAGACCAGAUCCAGAACAUUUGAAAGCAGUAUGGUCACAGACAUCCAACCAGCCUGGGUUGCAUCCCGUGAACUCACUGGACGGAAUAACGGAUGACUUGCCCACUGUUCCAUUCACUAUUCAAGAUGUAAAAUCUGAAGAUGGUCAAACACCACCCCCAACGACAGUCGCAUCAUCCAGAAUGUCGUUACAUGACGUAACCCGAGCCUUUCAGCAGGUUCCCUCUUCGCCAAGCAUUUCUUCACAUCGACCAACGAUAUCUCCUCCCUCAACGACAGCCCCAGUCGCACGGCCCACGCCGACGUACAACUAUCAUCCUACCCCAGCCCAACCUCCCAACCAAAAUGCGAGACCACCGUAUCCCUAUCACCCUCCUCCAAUGAUGAGCCAUUCGCCAGCACCUAGCGCAAUGUUUUCCCACCCAAGUCCCAUGCCCAACCGAAUGCAAGUCAAUGGACAACCACUGUACAGUCCUGUGUGGAUGCCCUUGCAGAAUCCGAACGCACAGAGUUCUCCAAUGAUGAGACCCAUGACCGCUUCGUAUCCCGCUCCAUCGAUGAUGCCCUAUCAUCCGUCCCCAGGAGCACCACAACCAAUGUAUGCCCUGCCUCCGCCCAACAUGCCCCCGCCUAUUCAGCAGAACGGGACACCAACUCGUGGGCGGACGGUAUCAAUGAUGAGUCCUGCUAUGUCGCAUGCUGUUCCUGCCAUACCUAUAUAUACUGGGAGUCCGGCGAUGAUGUCUGUGCAUGCAGGACGAGGUGGCGCGGCUCCGGUACGAAACGACGGUUCCCACCCACCUCACCAACCCUAUGCUCCUCCUACAGGCUCAUUUACCGGGGCACGAUCAACCUGGUAGGCGACGUAUAUCUGUACAUAGCUUUCUAUGCUUCUUGAAAUGCCCUAUUUUUUUUCUGUUUUUGCAGUUACUUCCAAGUACAUUUACUUCGCAUGUUUCAUAUGGUCAAACA